AGCUAGCUGUGGAGCGCUCUGCGGUGUAGGGUGCGUGUUGAAAUACUGGCGAUGUUGCCUGUCAAAUGGUCAAAGGGUUAAGUUUUGGACAUUUCUUCUAAACUGACAGUAAGGUAAAGUAACAGUUGUUUACGUGAACUGCUAAAGUAGGGGCAUGGGCCGCAUAAGUUCGGAAAAACUGAAGGAAUGGAAGCGAGCAGGCCGACUGUGUGUUGUGAGAGAUGGCAGGGUGUUCGAUGUGACAGAUUUUGCCAGCAUGCAUCCUGGUGGUGAGAAACCGCUCCAGAAUAAUGUCGGCAGAGAUGUUACCACUCUAAUGACUAGAGCAAAUCCCCACAGACACAGCAACAAUGCAUACAAAUUAAUGGAGGCCUACUGUAUUGGAGAACUUGAGAAUGACACUGCAUCCAAUGGUGAGGGGAACCAGCACCAUCAGGCAGUCAGUAAUGGACAGCUCAAUGGGCACAUGACCACUGGUGGCUCAAGUCAUUACAAGGAUGUGGUUGACUACACCAAACCGGUCUUAUGGCAAGCGAUAAACCUUGGUGAGAAGUAUUACAGUUGGACCCACCAGCCUGUCAGCAGAAAUAGCUUGCGCCUCUUCCAUUAUGGCCUGCUGGAGUAUUUCUCCACCUCCAGUUGGUAUGCUGUCCCAAUAACUUGGAUCCCAUUUGUUACAAUCGUGUGUUGGCUGGCACUUCAGCAGUGGGAGGGUGUCACCUUGUUCUCCAGUGCUUUCGGUGGAGCAUAUGAGAUACCAGUGCCGUAUCAGGCAUUCCCAGUGGUGUUUUUGGCUGGUGUCCUGCUGUGGACAUUCUUAGAGUACAUCCUUCAUCGUUUCUUGUUCCACAUGGAACCUCCGACGAACUCCAAGUUCCUGAUUGGCCUUCACUUCAUCUUACAUGGGCAACACCAUAAGGUACCAUUCCAUCCGGGUCGUUUGGUGUUUCCACCUGUAGCCGCGUCGGGCUUUGUAAUCAUAUACUACUUUCUGCUGACCGCCGUCUUACCAGUGCCUGUAGCUUACACACUGAUGGCUGGUACAAUCCUUGGUUACGUCUGCUACGACCUGACGCACUACUACCUUCACCAUGGCUCUCCGGCACCAGGCUCAUAUUUACAAGCUCUGAAGACAUACCAUGUCAGACAUCACUAUGAGAUUCAAGACAAAGGGUUUGGUAUCUCAAGCAAACUGUGGGACAUCGUGUUCGACACCCUGAUUCCUGACAUGAAGGCACAGUUGAAGGCACAGUGAUUACCAGCCGCUGUUUUGUCUCUUAAACUGUGGUUGUAACAUUCACACGUGCGUAUUAUGUCACUAGCAUCACAGGUUAUUAUCCUAUAUCUUCUUGAUGCUGUUGAACUUGUAAGAUAAACGAUAUCCAAAUUUAGUGGUUUACAUGUAUAUGUGGGAAUUCUUUGUUUCUAAACUUGUCUGAGAGUUGCAAAUGAGAAUGUGAAACCAUUCUUAAGGCUGGUUCAUACUACAGGCAAAUGUAAAUGAGAAGAGAAUUUGUAGUCACGAAAGAUUUGCUGCAAAAUUUCACUCCUACUGAAAUGUUUUAAACUUUUGCAAUUUCACACCACAAAGAUUUGAUCUGAUGUCACAAAUUCUUUUACACUUGGCAUGAACCAGCCUUUUCGUGUGUUGUUUGAAAAUAAGUUAUUUUCCCUCAGACAGAAUCUUUAUUCUUACUAUUUCAGAGGGUGAAUUAUGAUAGCACAUCAUUUGACCGUUUAACUUGUCUGAACCAAAGUGCACGACACUCUUCAUGCGACAGCUCAUUUGACCUUUAUAAACUGCAGGCAAAAUGAUGCUCUGGCAUGUUCGUGUCUAGUUCCAUCCUCUGAAGUAUUAAAUUCCUGAUGUAUUUCUUCUUUGUAUACCACCUGUCGUCCAGCGUAGUGUAGUGUUCAGAUGAAGUCAGUGAGUGUAUCGAAGAAGAGUGACUAAUACAAUUAGAUUCUCAGUUGUUCACAAGCAAGUACGCUACGAGUCGUCGUUUUAUGUUUGAGCACCAGUUUUGUCUUCCACAAUAUGGUAGCCGCUUGCCUGCAAACUUAAUGCCAUAUCUACACAGUUAUAUGUGCAGAAUGAAUACGCUUAGGAAAUAUGUGAACGUUGGCUGCUGAUGAGGAACAUGUCAUUGCCUUUGUAUAUUUGCACGACAAAUUUUCUUCAUGAGCAUGUACAGCAGUGGCGUAGCGAGGAUUUUACUAGUGUGGGGAACACAGGGGGCACCAGCAUUUUAUGGGGGGCACCAGAUUUCAGUGAUGGUGUUUUUUGGGGCAAGUUUUUGUUAGCCUUGUUCAAUAUCCAUUCAUUUUUUUUUUAAUUUUUUUUUCGGGGGGGGGGGGACACCUGGAGGUGGGCACCAGGAAUUCACGGGGGGGGGGGACAUGCCUCCAGGCUCCCCCUUGGCUACGCCACUGACAUACAGGUAUAUAUUUAAUGUUACGUUACACUUUGCAUAUGCUAAUCUAUGCACGGUUGGUCUUGCAAAUAAGCCAACUGUCAAUCAAGACAGUCUUAUUGUCCCGAUGCUGAAAUUUAAACUAAACAAAAUCAUGCUUCAUUAAAUAUGUGUACUUGUGGAACUGAAGUUCAUGGAAGGAAUAUCAUAACAAGUGAUGCACACUGUUGUAUGACAUUGUUGUGUCUGUAAACCGUCGUUUGUGUGAUAGCAGCAUUUCCAGUCACCCGUGUGAAGAUGUAUAUUUACCUCAUAUUUUGGUGCAGAAAUUUGUUUGGUUGGUAUUGAGAUUGGCAUGAGCUGAAUGACCAGUUCCAAACCAGGCAGUAUUUGGAGCACAUGCAUAUUCGGUAAUCGGUGGAAAAAUGUGCACAUGGAUGACACGGUGUGACUUUGUUCACCUACGUGACAGUCUGACCAUAGAGCAAGGACACGCUCUGUGGUCUGACGCAGAUUGGAUUGCAUAAAACUGACCACCAUCAAACUGUAAUCCAAAGGUCUAAAAAGUGAAGACAAGCUACUGACCGGCAGUUAUCAAAGUGGUAUUUUGUUUCAUGUGUUAAAUUUUUUUAUUAGACUUGGUAAAAACAAAGGCCGUGCUGUGCCCAUGUUGAAGUAAUCACCCAUGGCUAUUUUCAUUGUACAUGUAAAUGAAAACUGAAAUCCCCCAAUAUGGAAAUAAUGCGCAAAACUUACAUGGGAGUUAAGAGUGACAUCCUUGAAAUAAGAAUUUUUUGCUGGUACUGUAGUAUGUUUAUUUUUUAAGUUCCGCUCUUUGGUUAUGGUAAUUUCAUAAAAUUUAAAACCAAGAAGGUCUGAAGCUGCUUCUCAUUAGAUAAUCCGAGUGUAGAAAGAAUCAAUACAGUGGUCAGAUUAAAAAAUGUUACAGCAUGCAAACACAGGAUUUUUAUCCAAUAGAAAUUUGUCGAAUGUAAGCGCCGUUGUGGGAAUCUGUCACCUGCUCAUGUAUAUACAUUAUGCAUGCAUGCAUGCCAUUAAUUGAACAAUAAUGGAACAUGAGCUAAAACACGUAUGAUAUUAAUUGUAAUAUGGUUACAUUUCUCUGCUGGCUUCUGUACAUUGAUCAGUAAUACAUGCUUGUUGUGUAUGUACAUGUACUUGUUGCCAAAUGCACCUUGGAACGCAUUAUUGGUACAUGUAGUUGAUAAGAAACGAAUGCCAUGCCUUCUGUUAACAUUGUGUAGGGUAGCUGCAAUCAAGUUGUAUUUAUGCAAACCUUUGAAAGGCACAUCUGUGUCUUGGUUAACCUUAAUUUCAACUUUUCAAAGGGUGUUUUACUGCCUUUUAUCAUAUUUAUGAUCAAAACUGUGAUAUCCCAGGAAGAUAGCCUGGAUGUUACCCCGCUUUGUACACAAACAAGUGAUAUGAUGCAUUUUUGUUGAUUUUGCUGGAUUUAUUGCUGAUUCCUCGUUGUUGCAUAGCUAUAAGAAAGCAUCAAUCCCUUUCACUUCCCUUCACUUGCACUUUGUUUUCCAUAUGUAACAUUUCAUAGUAGCAAUACAGGGCUUUAGUGGACGGAGGCCUCUAAAAAACAUAGCUUGUCGAGUAGAGACCCCAGUUGUAUUUGUACAUGGUAUGAAGUACAUGUCACUAGUAACAAAACACAAAUAACCAUGUAACGAAAAGUGAGAAGGAAAUACUAUACGUACAUAUGUAUAAUUGAUGGUAUUGACCUGUAGCCCUGUGGACAAAAAAAAUUAGUUGUUUACGAGAUAAUUAUUCAAAAAUUUACUGUAUUUUUGUAUUUACGCUUGAAGACAGACAGACUGGCCAUAUUUUUCAGGGAUAUGUCCACUGAACUCCACUGUUUUAGGUCCCUCAUAUUUCACAGUUGCUCUACGCAUAUUGAUCGAUGACAUUCAAAGCAGGCCUUUCUCAGAUAGGUUUUCAGUAAGUACAUUCUGGGUUCACAAUUUGAACAGAAAAACCUUUAUCCUGAACAAUGUCCUUCCCUAAAAUGACAUCAAGGUAACAGCGCCCUCAGUUGACCAGGAAAGCAUGGAUUGUUUUAAAAAGUGAACCGUUCAAUGCAUUUAACCAAAUAUGAUUGUAAGAGAGUUUUCACUCGUUGCAGAAGAAUACCGAGUUGCAGAAAACUGCGUGUAUGUGCUGCAGCUUUUGAAGUCUGUAAUUGAAAAGUGCGUGAGUAUAGGCAAUCAUGUUAUCACAGAAGUGCUCUACAUUCCACAGAAACCGAAAAGAGGGUGAAAACAAAUACCAACGUUGGUCAUGUGCAUUCCCCUGAACUCAAGGCAUACAAAGAAUACAUGUAUUUUUGCGAUAUAGCAUUUAAAUUGCACAUAUGAGCUUGUCUUUACUAUGUACGUCGAACUGAAUUGUAGACAUGACAUCUCAGUUGUUAUCUUUAACCCUAACCCUCCUCAAUCCUUCACCUGUAGGAGGACUGAGGAGAGUUAUCUUUAAUAGCGUGUAAUAAGGAGUAAGGAGUACGACUUAUACACGUGUAGCACCCCAGUCUCAAUGAUGGGAAUUCCAAUAUGGCCGUUUCAUAAUAGUGCGCCACCAAGAGUUUGCAACGCGUUGGCCAAUCACAAUGCGCGAAAUUCGUCGACCCAA